AUGGAGCUGGAGCGGCCUUCCAGCUCGGCAUGGGCUCAGAUGAUCAAGCGCGCGCGCAACCUGCGCACCACGGCCGGCAGCAGCGGCCCCUUUUACGCCUACGUUGUCGCGCGCUUCGGCGAGGUGCACCAUAGGACGCACGUGGAGGAUGCGUCGUCGAAUCCAGAGUGGAACGAGGUGGUCAUGUUUGACGCCAGAUCCAUGGAGCAGGAGGGCAGCGUUGUUACUUUUGAGGUCUGGAACCAGGGAUACCUGACGGAUGAUUUGCUGUCGAAGGCGUAUCUGGACCUUGAGCUGCUGUGCGAAUCAGAUCCUUCCAGCCAGCAGCAGCAGCAGCAGCAGCAGCAGCAGCAACCGGUCGCGGCCGGCGGUCAGCCCACGCCGCCGCCGUCGCCGCCGCCCUCCGGCCACGCGACGCCUGGUAUCUCGCCGCCGCCGUCGCCGCCCGUCUCGCGCCGCGUCACCGGGGACGCCGCGGCGGCGGCCGCUCCGCAGCGGCGGAGGGAGGUGCUCACGCUGCUGCCCGCAAGCUCGAAGCCCGUCAAGCCGCGGCCGGCAGCGGGGGGCGGCGGGGGCGCAGCGCGGCGGCCAGCGCUUAGCCGGGGGACGAGCGUGCGGUCUACGCACGGGCUGCGCGCUUCGGGGCGCGUCGUGACACUGGGGGAGCUGGAGGUGGAGGUGCACUGGGUGGAGGAGCCGGCCUAUGGCAACGAGGGCGCCCUCCCCCGCCUGCUGUCUUUCGUCAAGACCCCGCAAGAGAAGCGCCACCUGCCCUGCACCACCCAUGUCGGGCCGGCCACGAUGUACGAGGAGCCCUGCAUUGCAUUUGUCAAGCUGUCCAUAAACACGAUCAACCUCGGCCUCGCGGGCGCGUACGCGACGCCGCACGAGGUGAUGCGCCACGUGCAGAAGCUCCUGCUAGGCGGCCAGCGCGCCAAGGACCAGAUGCAGAAGCUCCUCGACAAGUCCAGCAGCAUAGCGAUCGCCAACGCCGUCAACCAGGCAGCCGCGACUCUGAGGACGGAGCCGGGAUUCGGCGGCGCGGCGAUGGCGGGGGGCGGGGGCGCGGGCGCGGGCGGCUUGAGGGGGCUGGACGCGGUCGGGACUUGGGACUGGCGGACUGGGUCCGAAACGACGGAAGGCGGGCUGUCGGAGUGCGCCUCCCUGCCGUACAGCGCCAUGGAUUCUGGUGGCGAGGACGUCGAGAUGGUCCUGGACUCCCAGGGGCUGCAGCACGCCGUCGACAGGCGGCAGUCGCUGUUCCUGACGUGCCGCAUCAAGAUGGGGGCCACCGGGGAGACGAAGACCUGCAGGGUCACCCUGGACGGCAACGCCAAGGUCAGGGAGUCGGUGGUGUUCGCGGUGCUGCGGCCCCUCAACGACUGCACCGUCGACUUUGAGGUCGGCAUGCACCACGGCCGUCAUGGCUUCAGCCGACUCGUCCUCACCUUCAGCUACAGCCUGCUGCAGCUCCUCACGCGCAGCCCCCCACACCCCAUUACCUUUGAGGAGUGGCGUCUGCUCAACAAGGACUCCCUGCCCGGCCUGCACGUGAGCGGCGGUGGCGCCCGCGACGCGGCCGCCGGGCGGGUCCGGGCUGUUGUUUGA